AUGUUUGCUGCAGCCCUCCAUGCAGCCUCUCGUGACGCAAAUGGGUCGGAACUCUCCCCCAUGGAAGCUCGCUUGGUUCGGAUGCUAAAGACAUUUGCGACUGAUCAGGAAGUUGCCGGAUACGGAAAAAUGUACACCGAGACCAAAGACCAAGCUGGCAAAGGUACUUUGAGCGGCACUAUUUUUUCGGGCGCUGCUCUCAGUAUGAAUGCGGACACAGCAUAUACUGACAACGAUAUGGUUGCUGACGCGAAAGCAAUGGCGAGCGACUUCCUUGCCAUGCCCGGGAAUAAAAUUAUAGACAUCACAACAAUUGACACGGAAUGCACUGAUAGCGCUGAUGCACCAGAUAUUGAGAAGAAAAGCGAGCCAAUUCAAGCUGAGACGGAGGAGAAAGGGAGUACAACUCCUGACAGUCGCAACCGGAACGCUAUCGCAAAUACUGUGAGUGAUAUCAAACUUACUUUGCAGCGGUUCAAAUGUCACCGUAAACAAAGUGAUUCACUCACUGGCCCUAGAAAUGAGAUCUAUUGGGGCCUUGCGGCUGGAUCCGAUGUUCGGGACAAGGAAAGUUUCAAAACUGGAAAUUACGGAGAAAUUGUGAAUGGAAGUGAACGCACAAUGGGUCAGACCUUCUUUAACGGCGCUGUACAAGAGCAUUUUGCAGGGCAUAUCGAGUGCUGGGAGCAAGACGAUAGUGGUGAUAGCUUUUACAACAGAAUGGUGCAGACUUUAAAAGAUAUUUCCGACUUUGCGAUUGAUGCGGCUGUCAAAGCUAAUUCCGCAGAUGAUUGGGGAGAUGAACACGGAUCGACAGGAAAGGCCGCAGCAAUACUUGCGUUGGUUGGAAUUUGUGGGAGACUAGUUGCAGCUCUUCUUGAGUGGUAA